UUUCAAUUUAGAGGUCGAAAAAAAAGAAGAAGAAAUUUUCAUCAUACUUCAACCGCUUAUUUUUAUAGAUAUAAACGUAAUUUCUAGAAGAGGUGAUUAGGAAAUAAUGAAUCCUUUGAACGAAAUAGAUUCCCAUUUCGUUAAAUGUAUUGGUUACUUACAUGCUAGUUCAAAAUUAGCAAAAGGUGAUCCAGUUCCUCUGCAGUAUGUUUUAGAAGAGGCUAUAAAAAAUAAAUAUGGUAUUGUUAAAGAUUAUACAGAGUUGGUCCAGUCUUGUUUAACAGUAAGAGAAGAUAAUCUCACUCCAAUUAAUAAUCCUGGAUUUGAAGAAAGUAAGGCAUCAGAUUCUGAUAACGAACUCGAAUUAGACUUAUUGAAAGAGGAUUUAAUGUGUGUUAUUUGCAAUGGAAUGGAUGUAGGAGCUAGAAACAGAUUAGUAGAAUGUUCCGAUUGUCAUUCUCUUUACCAUCAAGAAUGCCAUCAGCCAGGCAUAACUGAAGACUCUUUUGAAAACUGGGUUUGCUUUAAUUGCAAGGAAGCUAAUAAGAAACUGAAACAAUCAAUUGGUGGAUCAAGUAGUAAUCAAGCUACAAGUUCUAAAAGUAUCAAAUCCAGUUCUCAUAGACAAACCGGUAUAAGUUCCUACAAGAAUUCCAACUAUUCUAGAUGAGAUAACAAAUUUAGUUAACUCUUGUCAUCAAAUUUCCUUGCAAUUACAUUCACCAAAAUGUAAUGAACAAGUAGGGGAUAACAAAAGCCACAAGUAGACAUCAUUUUCAAAAAUGAUCAAACACCAUACAAUUAUUUAUAUAUUGUGAAUAUAUAUCGUCGGUCGGAAACAGUAAUGGAACAUUUUGAAAUGAUACUUCUUUGAGUAUUGAGGUUUAAAAUUGUUGAAAAUAUUCAAAUAUUAUUUUACUUUAACUUGAGAUUAUUUUGUUUUUUUAUUUAUAGAUUAAUAUAUAGAUUAUAGCUUAGUUUAUAGUGUGUUGCAAAAUUUAAGAGGUCAUUUGUAGUUUUUGAGUUUUUUGUGAAAUGUUCCAAUAAUGAAUUAAACAUUUCCUGAAAAUCUGAAAACUAAUUAUAAUAUUUCCAAAUAAAUUAAACCACUCAUGAAGUUCAAAAACUUAUUGGUUUAUUGAAUGUUUAUAAAAUAAAAAGAGAUGAGUUUAAAUCUUAAAAUAAUAAGGUGCUGCGAAUCAAUUGUUUUUGUUCAGUACACAUUUUAGUCCUCUUUUAUAAAAAAAGAGGGAAUCGUUUCUGCAUUGUGUUAGCAGAACUGACUGCAUGUCAUGUCACAACAAAUUAUCUUGAUAGCAUCAUUUGGGCAUGAUUCUGUCUGCUUUCUUUUCCAAUCUGCACAAGUCUCUUUCUUUUAAGUGUUUCUCACAAUUUGUACAUCAGUUGUAACUUAUGGCCCACAGCAUUUUGAUACUGAACACUGAUCCUUCGUGGGCUUAUGAAAUGCAAUGUUAACUCGUUUUGAAAAAAGUCUUCAAAGGUUCCUUCUGAAUUUACUGAAUUAUACUGUCUGACGCGCGUUUCGAUAACCAAGUUAUCGUCUUCAGAGACUGAAGGUACCUGUUUAGUGGUGGUGUAAACAGUAUAUUCAGUAUGAACAUCGCCAACGGUUCCAGAAAUUCCAACUUAGUUCAAAGGUUCCUUGCUUGAAGAUAGGCUUACUAUUCUGAUGGCACCAUUUCUUGUACUGUCGAUACAUCAUAGUCAAAUUUAAAUCACCUUCAAGGUAGUCUUUUGUAGAACUUGCCCGACAGUAAUGAGACUCUUUUGACAGAUAAGAAUUUAUGUAAUCUCUUGCACAAUCCUUGUCAGCCCGUGCUAAACAUCUAUCGGUAUUACCAUGACGUCCUGGCGAUCUUCAAUUUACCACCUAUAAAACAUAAAGAAACAAUGAAAAUGAACUUCUACUUCCUUACCAUAUUUAAAAAUAUGUGAAGGAAUCGUUCUCAAAUAAUGAAUUACUAUGUUAAUAUGUACCUAAAUCUGUUAAACUUAUUUUAGGCCACACAGAUUAUCCAGCGCCUACUGUAGACGAUGAAAACCGGCACUUAUUUUUUGGCUGGUGCAUGUAUAAACGACGCUGAUUGCCUGCCACAGAUAUACUUGUGGUAGACAACAUUAUUAAAUGUAUUUGUGUUUUAUAUAACACCCUUAUCGAUAGGGAAACACCUAACUGAAGUAGAAAUCAUGCAAAAGAACCUUAAAAAUCAGAGCGCUGGAAGACCGUUAAAUGCAGCUAAAAUAGUUAAGAGAUAUCUUUACAAACUUUUUCUCAAAUAAUAUAUUAAUUUUCCAUGACUAUCAAAUAAUCUUUAUGAUUACACUGUAUUUUUGUUUAUAUAAUUUACCGUAUGUUUUACGUUUCAUAUAAUAUUGGAAACAAACAGGUUAUUAUUAAUAAAAACCUUACCAUCUAUUUCAUUUCGGCUGCUAUAACGUUCCAUCAUUAUUUAAAAAUUAUGUGACCACACGUCCAGCGCUGUCAACAAGUGACCAAGAAUUGAAAAUUCAUUCCAGUAAAGUUUGCGGUUGUGGACAAAGACAGUCAUUGACGAGCUACCUAAAUUAUCGGCACUUAUCUGGAACUGUUGCCAGUAAACAGCAACCUGCGGUCCUAUUAUAUAGGUAAGGGAUAACCCACUGCUUUUUCUAGCAUAAACAAAAUUAGGCCCAUACUGGUAGAUAUUAUAAGAUGUCUAAAGUUUUUUUCCAUUCCACGUUUUGUUAUGUUAUUUUAAUGAAGCCUUCACACUAAAAGUUAGGUUAUAAUAUAAACAAUAUGUAAAAAAAUACCGCUAAACUGAUCAUGAUUACUCUGACCUUCUGGUCAUUGGUAAUUUGAGUAAUUUUCUAGCUCUUGAACUCAUUUUUACAAUACUUUUUUUAUCAAAACUUAAGCUCCGUCUGACCACUUCACUCAGCGUUUAAAGCACAACUGGUACAAAACUGGAAUAAAUAAUAUUAAAGUGAACAUUUUCAGAGUUAUACUGGAACAUUUUGAAAUAGUCCAUUUACUAACUAUAGAGGCGCUUACGAUUUUAGAGUGGCAGCGGGACGUUUCAAAAUAAACUGAUACUGAAACGAUGAGAUUACUAAACUCUAUUUUUAUUUAUCGGAAUAAAUAGUUUUCUGUCAAUUAGAACUAAAAUUUAAGUUAUGCCGUUAGUGAUUUAGAUAAAUUACUCAAUUCCUUACAAUUCUAUACACAUCUCAAAACACGUGUUUUUUUAAAUGUUCCGGCAAUGAAUCUGACCGACGAUAUUAUUAAAACAAGAUGCUAUUCAGAUAUAUUUAAUUCCAUAUUUAAAUUUUAAUGUAGACGACCAACAGCAUUUUAUAGACAUUUAAGGCCAAUUUUAUUGUCAAAUAAUCUUUCUAAAGUUUCAAAAAUAAUGUAUAAACUAGAGGAUGUAGGACUUGAGUUAAACAAAAUAAGUUUGAAGUGCCCCAAAUAAAAGAUUGUUUUUGAGUCAUCAAUCCUUCCAUCUUGGAUAGUAAUAGGUUUAAUUUUCUAUUUAACAAUCAAGGUAUUACCAAGUUUGGUAUUUGGGAUAUAGACUGAUCCAUCAUUGGUAGUUUAAAUAUACAAAUAGAAGUUUUUUUCCAGUAAUAUUCAAUACAAGAAUUACAAAUAACUUUAUUAUCAAUAUUUCAUAUAAAACAUAGCAAAACAUUCAGAGUACAAGAAUCUAAAUCGCAGAAACUAAUUGGUAAUAAAUAUGUAUCAAGUACUAAUUAUUUUUGUUUGCUUUCCCAAGUAUCUUUUUAAAUAUCACUUUGAUCAUGUAAAUAUCCCAUAAGGGUAGCUCUUGUAAAAAAAUAUUAUAAAUGAAUUGAGCAUGUUUCUACUUACAAAAGUACACAUUUAUUAGGUACCUUGUAAUAAUCAUAUGUAAUGGCUUUGCAUAAAAUAAAUAUUUGUUAAAUUCUUGGGAUAUAAAUCCAUGAGUAGUUUAGGAAAUUGAAUCAUCUUUAAUCAAUCAUAAACAAAUAGAAGAUACCUUUACUGUAAAUUAUAAAAAAUUGACAGGAAGGAGAAUGUAGAAUAAUCUUAAUAAAAUUUAAAAAUAGUAACUAA